CGCACAGACAGACCCGAGCCGAGGGCGGAGGAGACGAGGAGAGGGAUGGCGGAGAACAGCACCGAGACAAGCAGCUCCGUUCACCGGAGAUGUUUGGCCCAUUCUCCUACGGAGAGAAACACCUCAGCCGGUGCCGGGGCAUCGAAAUGGAUUCGACUAAACGUCGGGGGGACGUAUUUUUUAACAACGAGACAGACGCUGUGUCGAGAUCCAAAAUCAUUUCUGUACAGACUGAGCCAAGCUGACCCCGAGCUCGACUCCGACAAGGAUGAAACUGGUGCCUAUCUCAUUGACAGAGACCCCACAUACUUUGGGCCAGUGCUUAACUACUUGAGGCAUGGCAAACUGGUGCUCAACAGGGACCUGGCAGAGGAAGGUGUACUUGAAGAAGCCGAAUUCUACAACAUCACAUCAUUAAUAAAGCUCAUCAAGGACAAGAUCAGGGAACGCGACUGUAAAACAUCACAGGUUCCGGUGAAACAUGUGUACCGGGUGCUGCAGUGCCAGGAGGAGGAGCUGACACAGAUGGUGUCUACCAUGUCCGACGGCUGGAAGUUUGAACAGCUGGUCAGCAUAGGCUCCUCUUACAACUAUGGAAACGAAGACCAAGCCGAGUUCCUGUGCGUAGUCUCCAAGGAGCUGCACAAUCAAUCAUACGGGACAAACAGUGAGCCCAGUGAGAAGGCUAAGAUUCUUCAGGAAAGGGGUUCCCGGAUGUGAAGAGGACUCAGUAUUAUGAGCUCCAGGUGUUAUGAUGCAAACAUAUCAUCUUUGUGGAAGAACGUUUGGCACAAUGGAGAUUUAAAGGGGGUGUGCAUUUCUUUUGUGUUUUCCCUCCAUUUUCGUUUUCGUUUCUUGAUGUAAAUAAGUCUGUUUACUGACAAUUUGUGCCUGUACAUUUAAACUGGACCUUUUUUUUUUGUUAAUUAGCGGCAAGUUUUUUUUCCGAUUGAAAGUAAGGAAUUGCAAUCUACAUGUUUUAUGCUAUAAAAUAUGGCCAUCAUCAUAUAAGGCCAAUGAUUCACUCAGGGUCAUCUAACGAGUUAAUUCUUAUAUCCUUCAACUCAAGGGUCUGGUAAGGGAUCAGUGUGUUCUUUAUAACUCAAAAGUAUCAGACUCAAAAUCAUUGUUUAGAGAUGUUAAGAAGGGAAUCAUGCAUUUAUUUAGCGCAUGUUAAAGAGUUAAGCUAUUAAAUGUGAAAUUCACCCCGAAAACAAAUAGAUGAAAUGUUUUUCUAACGCUUUGAAACAGUUACACUGAGAUUUGUGACCAUGAGGAUCCCAGCUAUACAGCACACACUUUCAGAUGCUUUUGAAACAGUUGACUUUGAUUUGAAAAAAUAUUUCCAGUCACUAUUCACUGUCAAAAAAAGGAACAGUCACAUUCUCAGACGGGAUGAAAACUAUCUGAACAAAACUGUCAUUGAUUUGAUACUGUAAGUAAAGGGGCAUUAGGUAAUUUAACACAUAUACAAGGUCUUUAUUGCUGAUGAGGAAGUGACCUUUAAUGAGCAGUCAUAUAAAAGUCCCAUUUUCAUGUAGACUAAGGAAACUAACUUUAGAGAUACAGCAAAAAUGUCUUCCAGUGUCGCGAUGGAAGAUACUUUGUUUGCUUUUUGGCUCGUGUAGCUGCUUGUGGCACCAUGUGCUCCAUCUUGUAACCUUAGUAAUGCAUUAACCCACAGACACAGCCAUUGUGUGCUCUGGGAUUAGGUAAUUAUUAUAUUUUCAGGAAGUCCAUUUUCCUUUUUAAAAGGAUGAAACUUUAAAAGUAUCGGACACGCCUGCGUCUGCACACGUUCACUCAGAAUGAUGUGUUUCAAAGUAAGAGUUCUGCUGCUUCUGCUAACGUGGACCUUUAGUGUUAUAAACAAGUAGAAUUACUCUCUAAAUGUUGUAAAGUAUAUAUCAAGUUUAUUCUGCCAGAUAUUAUUCGUAACUUGAAUUUAGUUUGAGGCCUCCUCAUGUUCAUAAGUCGAAAGUUAACUGUGAAAAUAGACAAAGGUUUUUCAAAUGUGAAUUCUGUUUUACCAUGAUCUUUUUUUAAACAUCAGUGUCCUCCAAUGGUGUCCUGUUUACUGUCAGGAAAAACUUCCUUGAGACUGUGGCUUCUAUUUUUUCCCCCCUGACUGACUUUGAGUUUUCUGUAAAAUGCAUGUGUGUAGGAUUUAGUGGCAUCUAGUAGUGAGGUUGUAGCAACUGACUCAAUAGCCCUCACUUCACCCUCCCCUUUCCAAGCGUGUAGGACAACCUACAGUGGUCGCAAAACUUGCAAAAGUUGCCCUUUAGAGCCAGUGUUGUUAUUUUGUUUUGGGGGUUUUUUUGUCCACUCUGGGCUACUGUAGAAACAUGGCUGUGCAACAUGGCGGACUCUGAGUAGGAGGAGCCACUUCCUCUGUCUAUGUUAAGAGCUCAUUCUAAGGCAACUUAAACCCAACCAUUCUUAUUUUUUUAAUAUAAUUAUUAAUAUUAUAUUCCAUUUCUGCCACUAGAUGCCCCCAGCUCCUACACACUGGACCUUUAACUUGGUUUUUUUUUUGUAUACUUGAGGGAACAUCUUGUUUGACUAAGAUCUUUUUUUGGGAGGAGGGGGGGUUGUUUGUUGUGUGGGAGGUUUGGGGACUGGAACUGUUUGAAGGCAGUGGUGAAGGAAUUUCUGUUCAUAUCCAGAGGAUUUUGUUUAGAUGUAUAUAAUCCAAAUUCAAUAUUAAUAUUUAACUCUUAAAAAACUGCACGUUUUGUACACUGUAUAGAGAACACAACUUCAAAUGGAAGUUGUUUAUACUGGAUCUUUAAAAAAUGAGAAAUUCUUGACAACGUUAAGUAGUGUUUUGCAUUGUUUGUACAGGACUCUAGAGAUUUCUGAGUUAGGAUUGAAACAGCGGAUGCUGAUUCUGGUGUCUUUCACUGAGAACAUGCCUGGAACAUGUUUUGAUAACCAACAACAAAGCUAUACUUGGCUGGCUAUGAAGUUGACUGUUACAUUUCAAAACAAAUGUAUUUUUUCCUGCAUUGUGAUAGAUUCUUCUAAGCAUUUUGAAUUGUGUAGAUUUCGUACACAGCAUUACAAGCACUACAGUGAAAAAACAACACUGUGCACAUUGCUUACAAGCCUGUAAUGUUGUUAAUGUAAAUACUGCAUUUUAGAACAUUUUUUUUUUAUAGAAAGUUGUUUUCAGGUUUGAUGUGUGGUUUUGAUAGGUUGGAUAUUUCAUUCACAAAUAAUCAUUUAGUGUUGCCUUUUUCCCAAUGACCAAAAUCCAAUGUCUUAUGUGUAUUGUACACAUUAAUCUUAGUGUCAGGGAUGAGUAAACUUUCUUAAUGCUGGCACACUUUGUACAUAUAGACUUGUUAACGACACACAAACCUCCAUUUACUCACAUGUACACGUAUACACACUUGACUAAAACAAUUUUUAUAUUGUCGGGGAAACAAAUAUGGAUGCAUGUUUUUGAUAUAGAUAUACACACACACACACACAUAUAUAUAUAUAUAUAUAUAUAAAAACACACAAACACACACAAGGGCUUUUAAA